AUGGCCUCAGGCCAUUUGGUAUCUGGACCUACUGGCACUUCUGUCGGAGGCUUCGCGAGAGAUUCCCCCGUGGCACAACCUGCUGUGUCAACUGCAUGUGGAACAGCACCACCAGGCAGUACAUUUCUUGUGUCUUCAAGGCUGUUUGAAAUGUUCUUCAGUGAUGAUGAUGAUGAUGAUGAUGAUGAUGAUGAUGAUGAUGAUGAUUAUGAUUAUGAUGAUUAUGUGGUUUUGAUGAAUCCAGAUCCUCUACCCUGUCAGGGAACAAAAGGUGGCAAUUCUCUGUGUGAAAACCCAGACAAGGUAUCGGGUGGAAGAGCAGACAUCGCACCUGCACAGAACAUCUCUGAUGACAACUUUGGGGGUAAAAUAUUGGGAAAACGGGGCCUUAUGGUAAAUAAGCGUGUUAGAGAGGCAGAUGAGAACUCUGGUAUAUCGUGUGUUAAUUUGUCGCCUACCAGGAAAAGGAUUCGAGUAGACAUGAAAGGUACUGUACUGUAA